CUCAGUCCCAUCGUGAACUUUGACCUUUGGGGUUCGACACGCCGGAGUGUGUUGCUGUGUGGACCACGUGAAUUCAUCUUAUCCGUGAUGGAUUAAAUCUGAACCUCUGGCUAAGAAAGCUGUCACUUUUUGUCCUGUAAUUAAUUGGGGUUUUAACUGAUUUUAGUGUGAAAUGGGGAAGCCGGUGAAGAAAAGGAGUGUGUCUGAUAAAGUGCGCAGGAGUAGUGCACAUGCACAGAUUAAGAUGAACCCAUUUGAAGUGAAGAUUAACAAGAAGAAGUUUGAUGUUUUGGGCCGAAAGAGCAAACAUGAUGUGGGACUGCCAGGCGUGUCUCGCUCUAAAGCUCAUAACAAGCGUAAACACACUCUGCUGAAGGAGUUCAGAAUGAAACACAAAGCGAACGCGUUCAUCGAUCGGCGUUUUGGAGAGUACGACACCAAGAUGGCACCUGAGGACAAAAUUCUGCAGAGAUUCGCCAUGGAGAGACAGCGCACUCAGGGGAAGAAAGACAUGUUUAAUCUGAAUGAUGAGGAGGAAUUAACGCAUUAUGGACAGUCCCUGGCUGAGAUGGAGAAGUUUACAGAUGGAGUGGACAGCGAAAGCGACUCAGAGGAGAAAGGCCUGCUGUCUGCUGAAAUCACGGCGUCACACUUCGGAGGAGGCGGGGGUCUACUGAGGAAGAAAACCAGUGAAGAAGAAGAGACAAAAAACAAAACGCGUCAGGAGCUCAUCGAGGAGCUCAUCCUCAAAUCCAAACAGGAGAAGCGAGAGCGUCAGACGCAGAAAGAGGAGACACAUGAGCUGACGGAGAAACUGGAUCAGGAGUGGAAGUCCAUCCAGAACCUUCUGGCACAUAAAACUCCCAAAGAACGGGAGGAGGAGAAGGACAAACCGAAGCUGGAUGAAUAUGACAUGAUGGUGCGGGAGUUGGGAUUUGAGAUGAAAGCUCAGCCGUCUGAGAAACUCAAAACACCAGAGGAGAUCGCCAGAGAGGAGAGAGAGAGACUGCAGAAACUGGAGGCUGACAGACGGAGGAGGAUGGAGGGAGAAGUGGAGGAAGAUCCCAAACACACACACAUGUCAGCUGACGACCUCAAUGAUGGAUUCAUCCUCGACAAGGACGAUCGUAAAACACUGUCCUACCAGGAUGGGAAGUGGAACGUUGAGGAAGAGGAAGGUGAAGGAGGAGAUGAUGAAGAGGAGGAGAAUGAUGAUGAUGAUGAAGGGGGUGAUGAUGGUGAUGAUGAUGAUGGUGGUAGUGGUGGUGAUGAAGACAAUGAUGACGAGAGUGAUUAUGAUCACUCUGAUUUGGAGGACAGUAGAGAUGAUGAUGAGGAGGAUGAGGGAGAGGAAGAUGGAGAAAAAGAGGAAGAGUCUACUGCUGAAGUGAAGUGCACUCUGAGUGAAGAGGAGAGGAGAGAGAUUCAGGACACAGCCCGUGCAGAGCUGCCCUACACCUUCACAGCUCCUGAGUGUUACACGGAUCUGAAGACGAUGCUGCAGGGUCACUCAGCUGAAGAACAGUGCCUCAUACUUGAGAGAACAAAGAAGUGCAAUCACCCCAGUCUGGCUGUGGGAAACAAAGCUAAAUUACAGAAGAUAUUUGGCUUCCUGUUGGAGUAUGUAGGUGAACUGGCUACCCAUGAUCCCCCACAGCUCACCACCAUCAACACACUCAUCCCGCAGAUCUAUUCUCUGUCUCAGCUCUUUCCUGAAGCAGCGUGUCAGGUGAUGCAGUCGCUGAUUGGCGAUGCUGCUCACAGUAUGGAGCAGAGUAUAGAGGUCAAAGGUCGUGCUGCAAUUCCAGGCUUGGAUAUGCUCAUCUAUCUGAAGAUUGUCACUCUGCUGUUUCCUGCAUCUGAUUUCCGUCAUCCAGUGACAACGCCAGCCUUCCUCUACAUCAGCCAGGCUCUCACUAAGUGUGCAGUCAUGUCUCUGGAGAGUGUGUGUGCAGGCCUGAUUCUGUGUUGUGUAGCGGUAGAGUGUGUCUCUCUCUCCCAGCGCUUUAUCCCUGAGCUCAUUAACUAUCUGCUGGGGCUCCUGCACUUCGCUGUCCCCACACACACCUGCACAGAUUACCAUGUGGUUCCUCCAUUCAGGCCACAGGGGAAGAGCAGUGAGCUGCUGCGUGUGUGUGAUCCGCAGUCUGCUCACAGCUGGAUUAGGAAAAGCAUCUCACUGUCAUCAGCACACAGAGUUACAGCUACUACAGAGAGGGAGAGAGACCACUACAAGUUGUCUGUGCUUUACGUAUGUUUGGAUUUAGUAAAGAGAUGCACAGCGCUUUAUCAACAACUUCCUGCCUACCAGCACAUCUUCCAGCCAAUCAGAAUCCUCCUGGCUAAACAUCUUCCUGUUACAGAUUACCCACCAGCCCUGCAGGAGCUGCACAAAGAAAUCCUGGAGGUCAUUCCAGAGACUCCGUCCCAGCAUGCACCACUGGUGUUUGAUAAGAAGAAGCCCAUCCCUCUCAAACUGCUGCAACCCAAAGUGGUGGAAGUGCUGGACUACGGCAGGAAACGAGGGAACACAAAGGAGGAGAAGGAAAGAGAGCGACUGAAACACAAGUAUAAGAAAGAGUUUAAAGGUGCUCUGAGGGAGAUCAGGAAGGACACACGCUUCCUCGCUCACACCAAACUGUCUGACACCCUUCGCAGGGAUGCAGAGAGGAAGAGGAAAGUGAAGGAGCUGUACGGUAGUUUGGCCACUCAGGAGGGUGAGUGGAAAGCACUGAAGAAGAAGAAGAGGAAGUGAUUUCACAGUGCAAACCCCACUUCCUAUGUGAAAAGCUGAAACUGUGUACAGUUUAGUGUUGGAGAAAGCGAGGACGUUGUGAUGGACAUACACAUGCUUUAUUCUGCUGAACCAGUUUGUACAUUGGGAUAUUUUGUGAAAUGAGCAACUAUUAAACCCACACAGUAACUCGGACGUGUGUGUGUGUGUGUGUGUGCGCGUGUGAGUGUGAGAGAGAGAGAGAGAGAGAGAGUGAGAGAGACAUUUUUAUUCUAAUUUACAUACUCAGUAAUAAAUAAACUGAAGAUGGAGAAAUACUGAUAGUUAAUAACAGUUUAUACACCACCAGUUAUCAAACAUGCUAUUGUCUCAGCCAAUCAGAACACAUCUGAAGACUGGAAAAAGACCAGGUGAUUUGUUUUCUAAUCUACAGCUGUCCAGUUUGGGUGAUCCUGUACCCAUGAUAGCCUAGGAUUCCUGUUCUUGGCUGACAGGAGUGGAACCUGACAUGGUCUUUUGCUGUUGUAGCUCAUCCACCUCAAGGUUCAAUGUUUCAUGAAUGCUGAGAUGCUUUUCUGCUCACCACGGUUGUAAAGAGUGAUUAUAUGAGUUACUAUAUCCUUCCUGGUAGUUUGAACCAAUCUGGCCAUGUUUCCUCUGACCUCUGUCAUCAACAAGGCGUUUCUACCCACAGAACUGUCACUAACUUAGUUUUUUGUUUGUUUUUAGCACCUGUGUUCUGAGUAAACUCUAGAGACUGUUUUGUAUGAAAAUCCUAGGAGAUCAGCAGUUUAUGAAAUAGUCAAACCAGACCAUCUGGUACCAUCCAUGCCACGAUCAAAGUCACAGAGAUCACACUUUUUCUUCAUUCUGAUGUUUUAUGUGAACAUUAACUGAAUCUCCUGACCUGGAUCUGCAUGAUUUUAUGCAUUACGCUGCUGAUUAGAUAACUGUAUGAAUGUACAGGUGUUUCUAAUAAAGUGGACGGUGUGUGUAUAAACAGGAGAUUUUGACCGGUUUGGUCCUAAUCACCACACGUGCCAACUCAGUAGUGCACUCAAGUCAAGCUUUAUUAAGAUGUGUUCAGGACAGUUACAGCAGAUAUUGGGAGAAGGACAUCUCAGGAGGCAUAGGUAAUGAUGGUGCAGUCAGAGUGGGUGUGUGUGUGUGUUUAUGUGUAUGUGCAUAUUGUGUGAUGAAGUGCAUUAGGCUGAUUCUUUGACUGCGGCCGACGAAGUUGCAGAAGUUCCUGAAGAAUGAAGAGGAACACACACAGUUAGUUAAAUUUUAGUGAAAUGUUCAUUAAGAGGAACACCAGCACAGAGUUUAUUAAUCAUACACAAAAACAUUUUUACAAAUUUGCAUUUUAAUCUGUAUUUAGUUGUGACACAUUCUUUUUUCCCUUUCUUUUAUAUUUCUUCAUUAUAUUUUCGUCUAUAACGAUUUACUAUAACUAUGUACAGCACUUUGGUCAACUCUGGCAGUUUUAAAUGUGCUUUAUAAAUAAAUUGAUUACUUACAAAAUGA